GCCACUAUCAGGAACUCUCAAGGACGCAAAGCAAAAGGUUCGCCUCAGAGAGACAAGUGAGAGAGGGAAGACAAAUCGGGAAGAUGGAGAGCGGUGGAACGAGGAAUAUGUUCUUUAGCGUCGUCAUAGCGAUUUGGUUCGUUUUGGCCUCUUUAUCAGCAGGUGUGCUUGGAGACAGCCUCAUUGUACUCAAAGCCCCUCCAUAUGUCCACUUUCGGGAUGGCAAGUGGCCAAUCUCAGGAGAAAGGAUACCAGACCUGGUUGCAUUAACACUGGGCUUCUCUGUGGAAGAAGACCUGGGAUGGCCUGGUUUGCAGGUUGGAAGCCUGUUCCAUCGGCCUCGUUCCAAUAUUGUCAUUGUGGUCAGGGGAGUGAGUGAACUUGAGCUGGCCCAGUCUGAAGCUUCAUAUCCUAUUGAGAAUGCUGUUCCCAUUUCUCUUGAUGGAGUCGCAAACACUGUGCAUUCUAUGUUCUCUGAAGACACCCCUGUUGUGUUACAGCUGACUCCAAGUGAAGAGAGGAUUUAUAUGGUGGGGAAAGCCAAUACUGUGUUUGAAGACUUGCCUGUGACAUUACGACAGAUCAGAAAUCGAAUUUUCCAAGAGAAUUCUGUGUUCAACUCUCUCAUGCCAAACUCAUUGAGCCGAAAUAGUGAGGUGGAUCUGCUGUUUCUGUCUGAACUCCAGGUUCUACAUGAUAUGACCACUCUGCUGUCCCGGCAUAAGCAUUUGGCAAAGGAUCAUUCCCCAGAUCUAUAUUUCCUGGAAAUGGCUGGUUUGGAGGAGAUUGCCAAGCAUUAUGGCCCUGAAUCGGAUCAGUUUAAGGAAGCUACUCAGAUACUUGCUAGUCAACUGCAAAAGUUUGCAGAUAACAUCUUCAGCAUUUACAAUAACAAUUCGGUGGUGGAGGUUCUGACUGUGAAGACAUUUGAAACGCCUUUUGUUAGAAAAACACGGUCAAUUCUGGAAUCAGUACAGAUCAGUAACCCCGGAAGCCCGUAUAACCUUGCCUACAGUUACAAUUUUGAGUAUUCAGUCAUCUUUAACAUCAUCCUCUGGAUCAUGAUUGCUCUUGCUCUGGCUGUCAUAGUCAUCUCUUAUAACCUGUGGAAUAUGGAUCCUGGUUAUGACAGCAUAAUUUACCGGAUGACCAAUCAGAAGAUCCGCAUGGAUUAGCUUUCAGCAUUCUUCACAUUUCCACAUACAACAAAAUAAGGCGGUCUUGUCAGUUACGUUGGCAGUACGGUGGGGCCUUUUAUUCCUGUUUUGUUUCUCAUGUGCUUAAGUCUGGGUGGGGGGGAGUGCAGUAAUGUGUCUUCCAAGAACAGUGCAGAUCCUCUGUAUUUCUUGGGUUCAGAAUAUAGAGCUGGAAAAUAAAAUUUUAAGUUCCCUGGAAUCCAGGAAAUUCUUAAUUUACUGUAUUUAAGAAAAAAAUGUUUUCAAUUCUUUUAAUGUUGACUCAUUCAAAAACAUAAAAACUACACAGGUGUUUCAAAAAAGACAAAAGCCAUAAUUUUUAUAGUGCAAAAAAAUGAACACGAGUUUCCGUUAUUAAAGAGGCAAAUCUGGGGGCUGCAGUAUUCAUUUGAAUUAAGAUUAUUGUGAUUGAAUUACUUUGCUACAGGUGCAAGUUUUCUUGAGUACUUUUGGUCUAAAUAAAAGGUCCCACCUUAAGUACGGGUUUUGAAUAAUUCCAUGGUGAGGUUUCGGGGAGGCAUCUUGUUAGAUUAUUUUUAAGUGUUUUGGUGGUUCUUACAUGAGGUGAUGUAACUAUUUUUGUUUUUUCCCUUCAAAAAUCUUUAUUUUUUAAUGCUUUUUGCACUGAAAAAGACAGGUGCAGUUUAGUUUGUCCAGUUUGUUUCUGAAGCUUUGUGAGAGAAGUGGACAAUUCCUCUGGUGUUGUAAAUGUUUGUUCACAAACAAAAUAGUGUAAUUGUCUAAUUUUAAUUUAAGAAUUCAAAACUUUGUAUAUAUUGCAAUAUAUAUAUAUAUAUAUAUAUAUAUAUAUAAAUAGCCAUGAGGCUAAUAUGGACUUGUGUUCGCCUCCUUACACUCUGAUAUUAUUCAUCCCAGUUUGAUCAUAGAGUCCAUUAAGAUACCACUGGGCUCAUUUCUUUGUCCUUGAAGUAACUGUAAGCAAUGGAUGUGUACAUCACAUGGGUGAGUCUGUUCCGAUGGUCUCUUAAAACUCAUACUGGGGGGAUGCCAAAUUGAUCAACUUUAAACUUGUGUUUUGGCCAUGUUUAGGAUGUGCUGCAAAAUUCCUGUAAAAUUUUUAUGUUAAAUAAACUAAUGGCCAUUAACUA